CAUGAGUCACAAUCAUUACUAUAGGAUCAUCGUGGUCGGGGCGCUUCUGCAGCUGACCGCUCUCACGUCACCCACCGGUGCUGUCCGUUACGUGCCAAAGUGGAAGAAGCAGGCCUGUGAACUGCCAACGCCGCAAAACGAAUACUCGCACUACGUCUGCGACGAUAACGGUGACGUAAAGUGUCUGCCCGGAUGGACAGGCGAUCUGUGUGACGUACCGAUCUGCAAGAAAGGAUGUGAUCCUCUGCAGGGAUACUGCAAGCGACCGGGCGAAUGUCGUUGCAAGCUAGGAUUUUACGGUGAAAACUGUAACCGUUGCAUACCGCUGCCGGGAUGCCAGCACGGCGGCUGCCAGGUUUCGUUCGAGUGCGUCUGCCAUAAGGGAUGGGACGGCAUCUUCUGUUCGGAACCAAUCUGCCGCUCCGAUUGUCACCCAUCGCGUGGAUACUGUGAGGCACCGGGAGAGUGCCGUUGCCGGUUGGGAUGGGCCGGACCGACCUGUCGCGAUUGUCAGGUACUACCCGGAUGUAUGCACGGAACCUGUACGAAGCCGUUGGAAUGCAAAUGUCUCCCAGGAUGGACUGGAAUACUGUGUCAGACGCCGAUCUGUGCUUCAAACUGUAGCCGAGAGCAUGGGUACUGUAGGCGCCCGGGAGAGUGUCGCUGCAAGGUUGGCUGGAUGGGACAGGAUUGUGGUAAAUGUCAUCCGUAUCCUGGUUGCGUAAAUGGUGACUGUCGCCGACCGUGGGAAUGUAACUGUAAGCCUGGCUGGGGUGGAAUGCUGUGCGAUGAGGAGCUCAACUAUUGCGAAAAGAACCCAGACACCUGCCAGCACGGUGGAAAGUGUAAGUCUUUAAUCAAGGACGAUGGAUUUUAUCGCUGCGAAUGUCCCACCGGAUACAAGGGACGUAACUGCGAGAUUCUACCCAUGUCCAUGAUGACUUCGACCAGCAGCAGUACCACAGAAGCUUCAACAUCUACAAUGACCGAGGUGUCCAGUAGUGAUACUUCCUCGGAACUGUCCACGACUACGAUCGCAAUGGAGAGUCUAGAAACGUACCGUAAUGUAACCCAAUUGACGACCGGCGAAGAUUACCUUAACGAUGAAUACAGCUCGGAAGAUCUGGACAACGAAGCCUGA